GUUGAGUUUCUGCGGUACAAACUAUGGCGCGAAACACAGAUCACAACAAAGCAUAACGAGCAUAAAGUAGCAUAGUGUUGUGCAUCAUAUCUAAACUAUUAAUUCAAAAAUCAUGGAACAAACGGUAAAGCAAAUAAGUGACCGCUUCCCCUGUCGAGAGGACGUGAUUCGCCAGCUGUAUCGCUUCUACGGGGACGGUGAUCCUUUCCCGCCCGCAGUUUACCUGUACGGGCACACUUCCACCGGCAAGACCUCGAUCUUGCGAGAGUUCCUCUCUCAUCACCUGGAGGACACCAAGUGCGCCUUCCUGAACGCCAUCGAGUGCUACACGAACAAAAUCCUGUUCGAGACGAUUUUGAACCGGCUGACCGACCACGUUCCCAGUGCGGACAACGGGUAUGCUUCGGUGGCCAGUGCCGAUUGUAUGCGUGACUUUGUCGGGCAUCUAUCCCAUCUGCUGGACGAAGAGCUGAGCUAUGUGGUCGUGGUGGAGAAUGCCGAUAGGAUUCGUGACAUGGACCACAAUGUGCUGCCGAUGCUGUUGCGACUGCCGGAGGUCUGUGGGCUGAACCUUUCCGUGGUGCUGGUGUCGGAUUUGCCCUUCGAGAAGUACUUUGUCCGAACUGGGCUGUCGCCGGUGAUCAAGGUUUUUGUUGCGGAGUACAGCAAGAAGGACAUUACCGCGAUCAUGAAGGGAGGAUUCGAAAAGGUGCGAGAAGAGAUACGGAUCAACUUGGAGCAGAUGUUGGAAGAAUCUACAACGCAAGCGCCAAUAUCCGAGGAAGAGAUCGACAAACGGAUCAAUGUGCUGAUGGAGCUGCCCACAGAGUUCUACGACAACUACCUAAACAUGUUCCUGAAUGUGUUCUUCAAGGUGUGCCGCGAUCUCAAGGAACUGCAGCUUGUGUCGUUCGAAUGUUUCCAAAAAUACUGCGAACCGGUGCUGGACGGGUCAAUCGCCCCGGAUGACGUGACCAAACUGUGGAGACACAUCUUCAAAACGAUGAAGCUGGCCCUAAGCACAAUCUACAUGCGAAUGGGAAGCGUGAACCAGGAGUUGCUUCGUCCCACUCAGCAGGAAUCGUCCGAAUCGUUAGAGCAAGUGCAAACUAUGAAGCGGCUUGCUCGAAAUCUAGAAUUGCCGUUCUACGCGAAGUACCUGCUCAUAGCUGCCUACCUGGCCAGUCAUAACGCCGCCAAGGAGGACAAGCGACUGUUUAUGAAGAAUCACGGCAAGCAGAAGAAGCGACUGCAGUCGGUCAAUGCCAAGGCGAAGGUAUCGGAGAAGAUGGCCACCCAGUUGGGCCCGAAGUCGUUCACCAUCGACCGGCUGCUGGCCAUCUUCUAUGCCAUACUGGACGAGAAGGUCGGACUGAACUGUCAUCUGUUGGCGCAAAUCUCGACUCUUAUUCAUCUGAAGUUCCUCAUAUUCGCGUCAGGCGAGGGAAGCAUUAUGGAUGGAAGUGCACGGCUCCAGUGCACAGUCGGGAUGGACUUCAUCACGCACAUCGGAAAGAUGGUCGGGUUUAAUGUGAGGCAGUAUUUGUGCGAUUUCUUUUAGUUCAUAUGUAGAUAAAGAAGGAAUGUUUUGUCUUAGUUGUUAGCUGGUUAUGAUCUUCAAUAAAUAGUUCGGCAAGUCUGAAAUAUGGAUAGUUUCGUUUAGGGUCGUGUCACGGGAGCGCAGUUGAAACAGACCAUUCUGUAGGCUUUGAUCACGUAGAAGUAAAGUGUAAGGAACAGCUAUGGAGUCCAAGUGUCGGAGUUGCUUGUUGAGGGAUCGUUCGCUAGUUCCAUUUUGGGUUGAGCAAUCCAAGGUUGUGAUGUUGGCUUUUCGCAAAACGUUGCUCAGAUGCUUAGCCAGGUCGCGGAGCUCUUCUAAUUGAGUGGCAUCUGUUUGAAGAAAAUAAAGGAAGUUGAUAUUUGAA